GGCCGGAAGCAGGAAGCGGAGGGUGCCCGGGACGGCGGCGCCGUGACCCGCGGGCGGGCAGCGCCGGCCGCGCCAUGACGGGCAAGUCGGUGCGCGAUGUGGACCGGUACCAGGCGGUGCUGGCCAGCCUGCUGGUGGAGGAGGAGAACAAGUACUGCGCCGACUGCCAGGCCAAAGGGCCCCGCUGGGCAUCCUGGAACAUCGGAGUCUUCAUCUGCAUUCGCUGUGCUGGCAUCCACAGGAACCUGGGGGUUCACAUCUCCAGGGUGAAAUCUGUCAACCUUGACCAGUGGACACAAGAGCAGAUCCAGUGCAUGCAGGAGAUGGGGAACGGGAAAGCAAAUCGCCUCUAUGAAGCCUACCUGCCAGAGAACUUCAGGAGACCUCAGACAGACCAAGCUGUGGAGAGCUUCAUCCGGGACAAGUAUGAGAAGAAGAAGUACCUGGACCGGAGCAUCGACAUCGCUGCCUUCAGGAAGGAAAAAGAUGACAAAUGGAAGAGGAGCGCUGAGGCAGUGUCAGAAAGGAAGCUGGAGCCUAUCAUCUUUGAGAAGGUGAAAAUGCCUCAAAAGAAAGAAGAAACACAACAGUCUAGGAAAGGUUCUCCUAAAUCUGAGCCAGUCAUGGACUUGCUAGGACUUGACGCUCCUGUGAUGACCACCAUGACAAACGGCAGGCCCAGCAGCUUAGAGAAGGAUCUGGAUCUCUUUGCCUCUGUGGGCUCAAACUCUGACUCCAGGAAGGUCGCUGGCUCCAUGCCGACGGCUGGAAGUGCUGGGUCUGUCCCUGAAAACCUCAACCUCUUCCCUGAGCCAGGAGGCAAGGGGGAGGAAGUGGGGAAGAAGCAGCUCUCUAAAGAUUCCAUCCUCUCCUUGUAUGGCUCCCAAACACCUCAGCUGUCUGCCCAAGGAGCGAUGUUCAUGGCCCCGGCUCAGAUGGCGUACCCUGCAGCAGCAUACCCUGGCUUUCCAGGAGUGGCCCCCUCCAGCAGCAUGAUGGGAGGCAUGAUGGCACCCUCAGUGGGCAUGCUGGCCCAGCCUGGAGCCACAGGGAUGGUGGCACCCAUGGCCAUACCAGCCGGGUACGUGGGCAACGUGCAGGCGGCCGUCAUCGGCGUCCCCAACGGCAUGCUGGCCGCCCAGCAGGCUGGCUACGUGGCUGGCAUGGCAGCACUUCCCCAGCCUGUCUAUGGUGUGCAGCCAGCACAGCAGCUUCAGUGGAACAUUGCUCAGAUGAGCCAGCAGAUGGCUGGGAUGAACUUCUACGGCGCCAGCGGCGUGCUGGGCUAUGGACAGUCGAUGGGUGGAGGAGGUGCCCAGGGCAGCAGUCAGUCCCUCAGCACUCAGCUCUGGAAGUGAUCCCUUUGCAGCUCUGACCUUUGGGCUUUUGGUUGGGGUUUGGGGUUGGGUUUUUUUUAAUGCCUUCUGUCCUUCAGAACUGCUCCAUGAGACAUUCAGGGCUUUGGUUUUG